UACAGUGACGUCACGCCAAACACAUGCGUCUCUUUUCAAUAGGGCGCUGCCCUGAGAAAGUCAUGUUGCUGAACAUCACUGUUGUUAGAUCGCAGGUUUGUUGAAAGCAUAAGUUAAUGUUAAAUUAGCUGCAGUCCAAUUCAUUUUAAAUAUUGCAAUACGAUGUAUGUUUGUGACCCGAACUGUUGGUUAGUUAGUUUUGGGAAAUGCGGACAUGAGAGAGAUUAGGACAUUACAUAAACAUUACUUUGCUAGUGUAAGACUUCAGUAACGUUAAGAGAAAACACCGUUAACUUUGCAGGUGCUGUUAUGUCAUUCAGUUUGCAGUUAAGGCAGGCUGUCGUUGUGACACCCAGACUAGCUCGACAAUAUGGUGUUCUGAGAGGGGACUGUCACGUCUGCCUCUGGCUAAAUGUCACAACCAGUGCGAGACACUUUGGGUCCAGCGAGGACGGUAGCAGCUCAGAGAGCCCUGCCCCUGGGCGUUCACGGUUACCCCUUAAAACGACACUGUUAGGCAGACGGAGAUCCCUGUCACCCUUAGAAAGGGUCAGUCGUCUACUGCCACAGGAAAGCCUGAGCCCUGACGUGUGGCAGUUGCGGGAGGGCCAACAGGAGGGUGAUGAAGAGCAGAGUGCUCAGGGUGAUGCUUUGAAUGGAGACAUUCACACUUAUCAGCAGAUAGAGGGAAGUCAGGUGGAGAUCAAGAGACAAGCGGAAGUGGACAGUGUUUCGGGUGAUGAAGGCCUCACCUCGGUAGAUUCUGUGACACCUUCGGAGUGCGUGGACUCCAGUCAGGACUCUCACGUCGGUCUUCCUGGAGAACGACCGCUAACCUACGGAGAAGUUGUCCUGGCCGAGCGACGGAGGGAAAAACAGAUCGGCUUUCGGAAGAUGUUCCCGCUGGAGUUGGGGGGGAAGCUGCACAGCACCUGGGGUUGGCUCUCGCACGGCACCAUCGCCGAGAGCCCCUCAGGCUCGCUCCUCCGCACGUCUCUGGGCAUCCCUCUGCUCUUGCGUCGGCCCAGUCUGGAGGAGUUCACCCUGUACAUGAAGAGAGGCCCAACCAUCAGCUACCCUAAGGACUGCGCUGCCAUGUUGACCAUGAUGGAUGUGAACGAGGGGGACAGCGUGCUGGAGUCCGGCUCUGGAUCAGGAGCCAUGAGUCUCUUCCUGUCCAGAGCAGUGGGCUCUAAGGGCAGAGUUUUGAGUGUGGAGGUGAGGGACGACCACCACAGACGAGCCGCCCUCAACUACAAGCGCUGGCGGACAUCUUGGAGCCUGCGAAGAGGAGAGGAUUGGCCAGACAAUGUGCAGUUCCACAAGGCAGACCUGCAGACUGCUGGACCACUCCUGACCGGCUGGGGCUUCAACUCAAUGGCACUGGAUAUGAUGAACCCUCACCUCGUUCUGCCCGCCGCCCUGCCACACCUUCACCCAGGGGCUGUGUGUGCUGUCUAUUUGGCAAAUGUGACGCAGAUAGUUGAUUUGCUGGAGGGAAUCCGCUGUUCCAAACUACCUCUGGUUUGUGAGCGCAUCAUCGAGGUGCAGUACCGGGAUUGGUUACUGGCCCCGUCAUUCAGGAAAGACGGCAGCUUCAACAGCAGGAGAGCUCUGUCAGAGGCGAAUCCUGAAGAGGAGGAGGAGGAUGACGAAUCCAGUGGUGAAGACAAAGAGGAAGCCCGCAGUCCAGCCUCCAGGCCGUUCGGCAGUGUGCCAUAUAUCGCAAGACCGCACCCAGAGCAGGGAGGACACACGGCGUUCCUGGUGAGAUUGCGGAAGAUUCUGAAAUAGUGUCCUAAAACCUCCAGACAGGUCUACUGGACGUCCAAAAUCAUGGUCAGGUUGAAUGUGCAGUGUUUUCCAUGUAUUUAAUUUUUUUAUUAUUAAACGAAUUCUCUUGA